CACGGAUCCGUCACCGAAGAUCCGCAAGUUUGGGACGAAAAGUAGAAAAGGGGGGUCACCAAGACUGUCCACGGUUCGGAAAGUUCACAGUGCAGAUGGAUCCUCGAAGAGGCAUACCAUUGCCGCAUCAACCAUGAUGGCUGGUAAGAGAGCCGUCAAUGUGGUGACCGCUGUAGGCAAGGAAGGUGUGCAUGCCGUCACUGCCGUUGGAAAAGGUGGAGUGGGAGCUGUGACGGCAGUGGGAAAGGGUGGAGUGCAUGCGGUCGCUGCAGUUGGAAAAAGUGGAUUCGAUGCUGUUGCAUCUGUGGGUGAAUCGACCUUGAUUAGGAGACCCCAUAGUACGGGAUCUACACCAGCAAGUCUCAUGACUGAUGAUUCGGCUAAUUCGGUGACGCCGACCGCUGUCGAAGCCGCCGUGGAUUCAGGAAACAACGAGGGAGAGGGAAGCAACAUUAUUUCUGGUGAACGUACGGCAUAGGAGCAGCUCGACUUGAGCAAUGCAAGGCACGAAAUAUAAUGUGCCCUUCACUUGCUCAGCUCCCUGCAUGCUCGCGAAUGGAUGCCAAUAAUUGUGCUUCUGACCAGAGUUAUUCUUUCAGAGGUUAGAGACAAUCUGCUACUUGAAGUUGUGGAUUGUUAGUACUCAUGACAGCUUGGCGCUGGCGACAAUGCACAUCACAGCAACCCGCUGUCCUCACUCAACUGUUGGAUUGUACAACCAUUUAUGUCAUUUGUCAUAUAUAUGAUAAGAACUACACGUACGAUAGUCCAUGACGCGUAAUGCG